CAUGCUUGACAUCCGACAGGCGAAGCAAGGGCCGUUCCGUUCCUUCCUUCGGGCGGACGGCGAAAAUCACUCCGCUUCAGCACAUCACAGUAGUGUUACCGAAUUGACCUACUACCACGACCGCUGCUCGCUCGGAAGCUACUCGACGGAUCGAAAGAAGAUCAAGCCUGAGGAAUGUCAGAUCGUCCCCUGCUCGAUGCAGGCAAUUACAAUCCGCGCUACGGUGCCUCCGAGUCUGGCAGCAGCAAUGACAAUCCCUUACUCCCAUACAUUGAUGAACAGAGCAGACCUGUCGUGGAGAAGAAGCUUCUCCGUAAGCUAGACCUUCGAGUAGCAUUCCUGGUUCUGAUAUACAUUAUGAACUACAUGGACCGUGGUAAUGCAGCUGCAGCGAGGUUACGUGGUUUUGAGGAGGACCUCAACAUGAAUGGGAAUCAGUUCAAUACGCUCAUUAGCAUCCUCUAUGUGGGAUACUUGUUAAUGCAGGCUCCUUCCAAUAUAUUCUUAGACCGCAUGAAAAGACCAUCGCUAUACCUCUCAAGCUGCAUGGCAAUAUGGGGUGCUAUCACCUUGUUCAUUGGUACGGUACAAACGUAUCAUACAGCUCUGAUCUUGCGCUUCCUCCUUGGAUUUGUCGAGGCAGCAUUCUUUCCCGGGGCUGUAUUUCUUCUUUCGCGAUGGUACAAACGGAACGAACUAGGGCUACGAACAGCGCUUCUUACUUGCGGAAGCUCAGUCAGUAAUGCCUUUGGCGCCCUUAUAGCAUCAGGAAUUUUGGCGGGCCUAGACGGCACACUGGGUUUCACGGCUUGGAGGUGGCUUUUCCUAGUGGAGGGCACUUUGACCAUCAUGGUUGCAGUGUGUGCAAUCUGGAUUUUACCAGACUUUCCUUCAACUCCGAGCGUCUGGCUGUCGCCUGAUGAGCAGACACUGGCGAAACGACGGAUGGAAGAGGACACUCCAACCGGAAAUAAGGAUCAAAGCAAGCCUGAAGAGGGAUUUUCUGGUCUUUCCGAGGCUCUUAUGGAUUGGAAAGUAUGGUGGCUUGGGGUUGCCCUUAGUUUCAUGAUUGCUUCUUUAUCAUUCGGCAACUUUUUCCCCACAUUAUCCGCUACAAUGGGUUACAAUGCAACUAUCAGCCUCUUGCUCUGCGCACCCCCGUGGAUUUUGGGGACUGCGACCUCAUUUUUUGUGGCCAGGCACUCCGAUGUAACUGGCGAUCGCUUCUGGCAUAUCACUGGUCCGCUACUUGUCGGCAUCGCUGGGUUUGUGAUUGCAAUAUCCACCAUGAAUACGGCUGUUCGAUAUCUGUCAUUAUUCUUUAUGACUCAGUCCUCAGUUGCCUAUGUUGUCUUUUUAACUUGGGUAUUGAAUACCUUUUCCCAAUCGCGGCCGAAAUGCGCUGUAGCCAUUGCAUUUAUAAACUCGAUGGCAACAUUUGGCAACAUUGGUGCACCGUACUUCUGGCCAUCCAGUUGGGGACCUUCAUACGUGAAUUCAUAUCUCAUUUGUAUCCUGACAAGCACUAUAUCUAUCGCGAUGUGCUGGGUAUUUAGGAAGCACCUUUCUCGGUGCAAUGAAGUUGCGGAAGCCGAAGAGCGCGCUCUGGGGUUGCCCAAAGGGUUUAGAUAUUUCCUGUAGCACUCACUGCUCGACUGGGGCUUAUGGGUAACAGUGGGCGGUGCAUAUAUAGAUGUACAGUUCACACCACAAGAAGAAUUUGGAGGAAAAAAGAAAAGAGGAACAUCAAAAAUGGUUGAAUGAUAAGAGCUACAACCUGAG